CCAAAUACUCACGGGCUCCAUUAAACAUAGAGAGCUUGAAUCUCCAGCUAUAUAACACAGACUAGCUGGCAAAUAGUCUAUAAGCUUUGUUAUAUGCUGCUUAAUUUAAAUCAGUAGAAGCUUCUUCCAUGGAUCCCAUUAUUGCGUUUCUCCUUCUUCUUGCAUCUCUUGCCAUCCGCCCACCUGCUCUGGCUGCUCGAUCAACACCACCAACCGCUCGGAUCACCGUUGUGGGAGCAGUUUACUGUGAUACCUGUUUAAGCAACAGUUUCUCGAGGAGCAGCUACUUUCUCCCAGGUGUGGACGUCCUCAUAAAAUGCAAAUUCGGAGCAAAAUCCCACAAAACAGCAUCACAGAUGAGCUUCCAGGUCAACAAAACCACAGACAAGUACGGAGUCUACAAACUCGAAAUCCCCUCUGUCGAUGGAGUCAACUGCAUCAGUGGCAUUGCCAUGAAGUCAAUGUGCCAGGCAACCUUGAUAGGCAGCUCCUCCUCCGACUGCAAUGUCCCCGCCUUAACAACCACCGCAGACGAAAUCUCAGUCAAAUCGAAACAAGACAAUCUCUGCAUCUACAGCAUGAACGCCUUGAGUUUCCGACCACGUAAGAAAAAUCUCACGCUCUGCGGAAACAGGAAGGUGGAGGGUGAAUUGGCAACUUCCUUCAAUUCCUCCAAGUUCUUCCUCCCUUACUUCCCACCAUACGGGUUCUUCCCAUGGCCUCGGCCGCCGCCAUUUUCUUCCCUGCCCUUUCCUCCUCUGCCUCCAUUGCCAUUUUUGCCGCCAUUCCCGUUCCCGUUCCGGGGCCCGCCAUCUUUGCCUUUCCCAUUCCCGCAGUUCCCUCCGGCACCAAAUCCUUUUGCCCCAAAUGCUCCGCCGGCGUUUAAUUUGGGGGAUCCGAGGACUUGGAUUCCUUAUAUUCCUUCAGUUUUUUCUCCUCCUCCGCCGCCUGCGUUCAGCCUGGGAGAUCCCAGAACUUGGAUACCAUACGUUCCUCCUCCGUCCCCUCUGAACACCCAACAAAACCAGAAUCCAUAGUUUUUCAGAUCGAUACCUAAAAUAAUUGUGUUUCAUAUAUAUAUGAUUGUUUAUGAUGGUCAGAAAAGCUUAUUUGUCAUGGUAGGAAAAAGAGAUUAUGUUUAUGUAUGCCAUGGAAAACAUUUGGACAUAACAAUUAACACAUAUUCUACAUCAA